CCUCAAAGAGCGCACAUUCAGACGUUCCAGAUACAGCUAGCUGUAACAGCUAAUACUCACCUAUAGACGGAGCGACUCCACUCAUUAUUUUUCAAGCUUGAAUAGUCUAGUGUUUUCUUUCAGAGGAAUUUCAUACAGAAUAUGAAGCCGCCAAAAGGGAUAGUGGUGGUUAUACUACUGCUGGGGUUUUCCAUGUUACAGGUAGCCUCAGCAAGGUUCACGCCCCAGUACCUCGCAGACUGUGGAGACAACGAGUACCUCGCCGGUACUGUCUGCCGAGAGUGCCCGCCAUGCCCCGCGGGCGAGCAAAGCACGUUGCAUUGUGGGUACAAACAGACUGUUAAUGGGUUGCGGAAGACCGGUGCCUCUUGUGAAAAGUGCCCUCCUGGGACUUAUAAGGAGGGAUCCGUGGGGAUGUGCGAGGAUUGUGAUCCCGGAUGCCCCAAGGGAAAGACACCUAUCCUCCAGUGUAACAGCACUUCAAAUAUUAAAUGCACCGACUGCCCGCUAGGAUACUUUGAGUAUGGGCUUAACAAGGACUGUGUAAAGUGCUCGCCCUGCUGCGGUGACCCAACGGUUUUUAACGCGAAUGAACAUCUCAUCCGGAAAUGCGAAAAAGAUGGAAUGGGUCACUGCAGUUGCCGUCCCCUGAUAUGUGAGAUUCCGACAAAAACGGCGUGUCCGACUUUGAGACCACCUGUCCGGAACACCAACACGCGGCAGACUACAACACACUGGGUAACAAGACAGCGUACAGUGAAAGUACGCGAAACAACGACGCCGCACACCCCGCGGCAGACAUCACGUCCUAGACAGCUGGUGGCCAUGCAAGAUAAUUUACAUAAGGACGAGGAAGAAAGGGCGGACACGAAAGAGCUCCGUGUCAGCGUGUGGAUAGUCGUGCCGAUUGCCGCUCUCUUGUUGUUGUUGGGCGGGUCUAUGAUUACUAUGGUCUUUCAACGUCGUAAAGUGUGCAAGAGGUUACCUUUGCAAGAGGAUCACUUAGACGUCUCACGCUCGAAAGCCAUCGAGUUUGAAGAUUUUCAAGAGUUUAAGGCAGAGCCUACGGUCAUGAACAUGGCUCAAAGAAUCUACCCUGGUAAAGACGAGACACUUGCGCAAGCUUCACUUAGUGAUAGUGUGCAAAAUAGUACUUCUCAAGAUGAUGACACCACAACCAGCAGCAUAAAUAGUGCAACAGAGUUCUCGAGUGCCUACAGAAUAGAAGUACUUAGCAGUGAUGAUGGAUACUAUGCCACGCAUGCGCAAGAUUUCAGUCUAAGUCCCACAUGGAUUAGGAGGAGCGCAGAGUCAAUAGUAAAUCGAACCAACAACAAUACGGAUGUCGAUGGUAGCGUUAGGGAUGACCCAUUGCAGUCCAACAUGGACCAUCAUCAGCAUCCGAUACGCGACGCAGAGGAAAAUAGCGAGAACCAAUCCUUACGGUCGCACUUUUCAGAACAGGGGGGUGAAUCAACCGUUAAAGGCGAAAAAAAGGUCAAUGAUACGCAAGGAAAAAUGUCCAUUCCCGUGACGGCCAAGACAGCAGACGACACAGUUGUGGUAGCAACAGGCCUAAAUCAAGAGAAGAAAAACGAGGCCGCCUCGCAGGAAACUCAGGCAACCAAGCUUAAAUGUACGUGCCCAAAAAGACCAACUUCUGACAAAAACAAAGAAGACAAAACAAGGACUAAGGAAACUUCGAAAUCACCUCUUCCAGAUAUGAAGCCUCGUUUCAAACCCUGCACAGCAGAAAUACUGCGAUGUACGUGUGGCGACUGCGUCUACCGGCCGUAUGAUAGAAACAGCGUAGCUCAAGCUUGCAACUGCUCAAGGUGUUCCCCACAUCCGAGUGACGACUUGUUCAAAGUCAUUGAGCGAAACUGCCUUCACAAAAAGAUCUGCAAAGAGUUGAACAAGACUGGCAUUGCAAACUGGUGUGACGUCAUGAGCUACAUGCGCAAAGAUGCCAUGAUUCCCGACAUCGAUGCGCAUAACCCUGCUGCUGAUGUACUUCAAAGACUGCGGGCUCACAGGCCGAAUCUCAAGCUAGGAGAGUUUACUGAAAUUCUCGAGAAGAUUGGUCGGCGGGAUGUUAUUCACGAGAUUGAAAAUCACCACAGAACAUGCCAUCUGUGCAUUAGAAACUCUUUCGACUUUACUUACGUUAGUUACAGUUGAAGAUAGCUAUAUAUAUAAAUCUUUUGUUUGUAAAAUGCAUAUAGUACUUGUACAGAAAUCUUUUUUUCUUUGUGAGAAAACUACCCUUAAGUUUGUUUGGAGGAAUAGGUUUGCAUGUUAUUUAGGCCAUUGUCGGAUUAUCAUAGCUGUUUUUUUUUUCCGUAAAAUAGUAAAAUAACUAUUAUGUAAGAUUUAGCCUUCAGAUAAAUAAAGUAUUUAAAAUACUUUUAUGUAUAAUUUGAAUAAAGUUUACGUAUUAUAUACUGUAUUAUAUAUGUUUACUUCCGCACUUAUUUCGCUGGAAAAUAAAUUCGGAAUUGAUACUUUUAAAUAA